AUGUUAGCGGGCAUCCCGGAUCCGGACGAAGGUGUCACGCGCGCAGAAUAUUGCACUCACGGCCUUCUCUUCGUCGACGAUGAGAUCGACUGCAUCGAUCUGUCGGAUCUGCAGCUCGACGACCCUGACAACUGGUUGUAUGUGCUUCCACAAUGGGCGAUUGAAUCUCCAAUCCAGGAUUUAUAUGCCUGGCUGAGGACAGAACCAGAAUUGAAUGUUCAAAAUACCAAAAAAUGCAUUGACACGAGAACAUUCACGAGACCUAAGAAACGAUCAGCUCGGAUGAGCUUUGAAUCAAUUUUCGAAGGACUAUCACCUCCCAUGAUGACAGAUGUACGAAAGCUGCAAGAUACAAAAGAUAUUACGCUUAUUGAAAAUGAGGAAAAGGGUUUAUCUGCAAUAAUUAGAGAUAAUGAAUCUGUGCCACCAAUCUUGAAGCCAUCCAUUAGCACGGCUAUGAACAUCUUAUACGAUGAAAACUUGGUAACGUCAGGGCAGAAAAGCAUGGAAGCCUUCGAGAACAUGUCGCAGUCUAAAGGAAUAGAUUCAUUUAUCAAUCUAGGCGAACCCGAGUUGAUAAACGAUCUGAUGAACGUGUCGCAACCCUCUGUUUUGUACACGUCCGUUAUUGCAUCUGCAAACGAGUUUACAUUUAUUAAAAAUAACACAUCAGUAAUUAAUAAUGAGAACAUCGCUCAAAAUAGCACGGAAGAUGACUCAAAUAUCAAUGAAACAUUCGUGAUGCAAAAUGCUGACAAUAGUAUUGUUCUAGAUGAGAUAAAUUAUAUUGAAGGUACUCAAAUAUGUAACACCAAUAAAGAAUUUUUGCAAUUGGAUAAAGACUUGAAUGAGACGUACAACACUGGAACUGCCGCUGGAAUGUCAGUGUCGAGAUCGAGUCUUGACAAAGAGAAGUCAAUCACUUCUUUGUCUUCCACUUUUGUAGCCGAGCCUAAUGCUAUCUACGUGCAAUCACAAAAUGUAGGGAGUAAUGGCGUUAAGUCAUUAGACACCACAUAUCUGUCCUCCGGCGCGAAAGACGUUGAAAGACCGAAUUCACCUAUAUUGAUUAGCGAUACGUACGUACCUACGAUGCACGCAAACAAAGCGGAUUUAGACGUAACGUGUAACAUUUUAUCUGAUGAAACGGAAUUCACUGUGCCUCUCACUCGUGAGACAUAUGGAGCGCGAGACAAUGCUCUAGAUAUAUCUUUUCAAGUGCCUGGCUAUCAAUCUACGCCGAUGAAUCCAAAUCUAUUGGAUGCAACAUCGAGAUUCACUACAAAGUCGCAGCCCACAGCGUAUCUCAUGUCGCUGAAAGCUCCCAUGUCAUUGAGGCGAGAGCUGUUGGCGGAAAUUCAACGAAGCGGAAAGCUGGACUCCACGUACGAUAUCGCCGGCGAACAGCAUCCCGGCUUGAGAGAUACCAAGGAGAAUACUAUAACUCACGUAACUGGUAACGAGAUUGAGACUGACAUUCUUCCCACGAACAGAUACCACACGUACAAAAAGAUGACAACGCUUAAUCAGGCGAAUCAGUGUGCAAGUCAGAACAAAGUGGCUAUAAUCGCUCAAAAGGAAUUGCCAGUGGACCAACGUAAAUUUUAUACUUUCACCAAAAAGAGUUAUCCUGUCGAAAGAACCGACUCGAAUACCGUCGGUGAGAACACGCGUCCGAAUAUGGAUAGCACGUUUUGCAAGCCUCAUUUUUUGAAAACGCAGCAAAAGAGGAACAUCCCAAAGGCGUUGUCGAAAUUACCGCAGUUUCUGCAGAAGUCCAAUCCCAAUCUUGUAUCAGGUUCGAUGAAGAGCGCCGGCGCUGGUGGAUUGCGUGCGGGCAUAUCCGGCGUAGGAUACAUUAAGGGCUCGUCACAACCCAAUAUCGUCCAGAAUGUCGCAGAGAGGUUGCAGCCGCCGAGCAAGCUACAUCCGUACGGCAAGAUAAAGAGCGGCUCCGAACAACGGUUGCCAGAAACCAAUGUGAAUACGAAUAAUCAGUUUCCAAUGAAGAGCGCGAUCGCCAGCUCGACGGAGAGCAUAGAGAGCACUCACAGCGUUCACAGCGCUCCCGACCUGGACGACAGGCUCAGCACGUGCUCCGACAGCAGUGGUCACAAUCCGUGCACCAAACAAACGAUCGAGCAACUGCAUAAACUGGUGCGGAUGCAGGAAGAGAGUUUAAAACAGAAUUCGGCGUCUAAACCAUAUAGACAAGUUCUAGAGAAUACGUGGGUCGAAUCGAAAAUGAGUUUGCCUUCUCCAAUUCUAAAAAACGGUUUAGAACACAGCGAGGGUGACAGGCAUUUACUAAAUACUGACAUAAGUAUGAAGUGUAGUUCUCCAAUUGUCAGUCCCACUGGGUCUAGUCACGCAUUGAACAACGAUGGAAAUGCUGAAGGUAACAUAACAAAAACUAAAGAUGAAAUUAUAGUGGUUGAAAAGGCUGAGAAUCCGAAUCAAGUAGUGCCUAAAAUUGAAAAUAAGACUCGAUUGAGACAGCCGACCAAUUGGAAUGCCGGAAGCAAACCAGCUGCUGUGAUAAGCGGAAUUCCUAGACCUGCGUCGCGUAUACCAGCUCCCAGAUUUGUUCGACCGAGCGCGAAAAGUGCUCAAUCCGACUUGAGAAAAGGAUGCACAUGAAAUCUUGAACGGUAAAACGUGCAAAAAAGAGAGACUUACAAAUAUUUAACAAUAUGGCAAUUGGAAUAACAGAAAUAAUUUUCAAUUCCAUAUAAUUAUUAGUAACACUAAAGUUUCUCAAAGCUUAUAAAAAUUCAGUAUUAUUGAGCUUCCAAGUUGGAUGAUAAAAAGUAACGAUUAUUAUUAUUAAUAUUUGCGUGUUUGUUUGAAUUUAGUUUGUACAAUUAGUAAUGUGAAAUAUUGUCUCAUGUUAUUAUUACUAUUUAAUAUAUAUGUGCAGUUUUUUCGAUUAAAGCAUAAUUGUCUUGCUGGUAAGCUUUGACAAUAUUUAUGAUAUUUUCUAUAAACUUGUAAAAUACUUCAAGAAUUUUGUUCAUUAAUGGCUAAAUAAUAUAUAUAAAAAAAUACGAUACAUUUUGCAGAUAAGAUUUAAGUCGUAUGUUUUAUCGUUGCCAAAACCAAGAUUUCAAGAUGCAGAUCGUAUUGGUGUUGUUUGUAUUUCUAUAUGAUGUAGAAAUCGAGAUUUCCGUUCGGUAUUUUAUACAAAAAGCUGAAGAAAAGGGUUAUUUUUUUUACACAAUAGUCAAUACAAACAAUGGCAAUAAAUCUUUGUAUAUAAAAAACAGCGGUAUAGGAAAAAAGCCGUUCAGAUAUUUUCUAUUAAGUGAUAAAUAAUAAAUCGGUCCAUCAAUCGUUCAAUUUAUAAAUAAUGCACACGAAAACAAAAGACUGUGAGUGUCACAUCUUUGCAGCCAAAAUUCAGUUUUUAUCUUUGUCCGUCCCAUUGUAUUUUUGCUUUUUUUUCAUAAAAUUAUUUAAAUCACCCGAAAUAUAUCGCGCUUACAUGAUACAAAGAAAUUAUAAAAGGUUGAUACAGUGAUAUUUAUAUACAUCUGUAUAUAAGGAAAUUAUUCAAAAGCUAUACAUUUAUAUCAGGCAUUCAAGUACCUGUUCAACCAUUGAGAUACUCAUAUACUGAACAUAAGUUCGAUGCAUUUUCGAGAAAAAAAUUAAUAAAAGCAUAUAAAUAUUCUGUGAUUUCACAUAUUAUCUUAUCGCAUAUAGAUACAUAUACAUUUUAUAUAGUUUUUUAUACAUUAAUAAUUAUUAAAAUUAUUGAACUGAUUAUUGAAAUAUGGAGUUGCACUUUGACUUCACGUAGACUCCACAUUCUGCACAAUCAAGAAACAACAGUGUUCAAACGCUUUGCUUCGUCAUUUACCAAAAAAACUUGCAAACUUCUAAAUUGAUUUAAAUAUUCUAAAAAAUUGUCAAUUACAACACAGCACAGUAAAACAUAUUAAAAAUAAUGUUUAUAUAUUAAUGUAAAUAACUUUUUUUCAUUAUGAGAUUUCAUAAGAUUCUUAUCAAUUAAAUUGCAGAAAUAUUCAAAACUCCUAUGUUAUUAAUAUUUAUUCUCUAUAGAAAGAUAACGCAAGUUAAUAAUUUUAUUCGCGAAUGAGAAUUGAAACAAUGUUGUGUAUGCCUAUUGUAAAUAAUAAAACGAAUAAGUGAUA